AACCGCCGCUGAAGUGCAUUGGCAAAAGCAGUCGGUUCGUGAUUACCGCGUUAAGCAGACGUACGUUGGCUCACGCUGCUCUCACUCAGCACUCAAACACAAACUAUUGAAGGUGAAUGGCAUCGGCUGAAAGGACUCGUCAACAUUUGUAGCCAAAAUAACGGAAAAUUAAUUCGUGAUAUACUUUAUGUGUGACAGUGGUGAAAAGCACAAAUAUUUGUAAAAAGAAAACAUCGUUUUUUUUUGUAGAUGGUGCCGUUAGUUAAAAGCACAACUGUCAAAACCUCUGUCCCUGCUUGUCAUACACCAAACCAGUGAGGCAUUUAAUUGGCCCGACGCAAACAUUUUCCACAACAAAACGUGGUAAAAUAAACGUCAAUAUGUGGCGCGUGCGCACCGGUUUCAUAGUGACACUGCUGAUUGUGCACAACGUGUUGUUUGGCGGGAUUAGGCCGGCGCGCUCCCUGAGCGUGCGCUCCAAUUUGGAAAUUGUUAAGCAAUGGAAGCUUUUCUCGUAUGAAUUUCCGCCACAUGCACCCGUCUCCGACACCAACUACUACAAUCCGAUAACUAUAGUGCCAACGAGUAUGACAGUGGGUUAUGACCGGAUUUACAUUGCUACACCCAAGCUCUUUGCCGGCGUGCCGACAACUGUCAGCUAUGUAUCGAAGUCGGACUACAGCCAGUCACCGAUAUUGCGUUCUUACCCCGAUUGGUCGUAUACGGUUAGCGACCGCAGCUCGUUCAACUGCAGCGACUCAUAUUUGGUGUCCGUAUAUCGCAUGCGCAUCGAUUCUUGCAACCGUUUGUGGAUUUUAGACGCCGGUGUUUCGCGCACUUUCGAAGACUCCGAACAAACUUGCCCACCCAAAAUACUGGUAUUCGAUUUGAAUACAGAUCAAGUGGUUCGACGCAUCGACUUUCCAAGCGAUGUCUUGCGCAAUCAGUCGAUCCUCGUCAAUUUGAUCGUUGACGAAACGACUUCUAUUUCAGGAACUUGCGACGAUGUCUUUGUCUACAUCGCGGACACUGUGAGACCUGCGCUAAUUGUGUACGAUGGAGCACGUGAUAUGAUGUGGCGCCUCUCACACCCGGCUAUGUGGCCUGAUCCCGACCUGGGCUUGGUACAGGUGCUAAAUGACCGGUUCUUUAUUAUGGACGGCAUUAUUGGUUUAGCUUUCGACACAGUAAACGGAAUACUUUAUUUCCAACCACUGGCCACUGACCGCAUCUUCUCCAUAACCAAGGAUGCCCUAAGAGCUGGACCACGGCGUUUGCAUGACAUUUUACCGAUACGUUUCCUGGGCAAAAAGUCCUCUCAAGGCCUUCCGCUUUACCUUGCGCCACAGGAUGGAAGCCUGCUCUUCAGCCCGGUAACGGAAACUGCGAUCGUGUCUUGGAAUCCACAAACAAAGCAACAGGCGGUGCUUUUCUACGACGUUGAUGCACUGCAGUUCGUGGCCGAUAUAAGUGCAUCUCCAUGGGAGAGUGGCGUGGUCUAUGCCAUGUCCUCGAAAUUUAACCGCUUCACACUGGAAACGGUAAACAAGGAUGAGAUUAACUUCCGGCUCAUGCGAUUCAAGUAUCCCAGCAGAAGUGCCGUCUCGUCACAGCGGCUCUUCACGCCCUCCGAUCAAGUCAGAAGUCCUCUCUACACAAACGGUGAUAAUUUGAGUACUUUCAAUAACACAUUUUACAGGAGCGGGGUUGAACGUUCAGUACCAACACAAAACCUAGCCUUUAGUCUUGAGCCGAGUGCAAAAAUUUAUCAGUUUCAAGGCGUUCGAAAUGGUCUGCAUGCAUUGAGCGGAAACAGUGUGCCGACAUCGGCUAAUGUUGUUCAUCUCGGCCAUCUGGGCUACAGUUACAGGCUGGACCACAGCGGAAACUAAGUUAAAUAUCUUCUACUAUGAAAUGAGAAAAUGUAAUAAAUAUACGUACCUUCAUUGUUUAAGAAA